AAGCAGUGCUCAAGAUAUAUCUUUCUACGUCUCGCUCCGGUAACUUUCUUUUCGCAAUUGCCCUGCAUCAACUUACGGUCAUGUCGGGUAAACGGAGGCUCAUGGCUAUACAGCCAGCCAUUAGCGGUAUCGUUCGCUCUCAUACAAGCUUCAAUGGCUUGCGCAAAAGCAUCGCAUACCUGCCGCCGUUAUCGGUAGCUGGUUCACGUCUACCACGCAGACCCGCGGUACAAACCAGGCAAUACGCUACCAACAACUCUGCUGCGAUCUCUGAUCCAGAUGCAAAAACACCUCUAUACGAUCUCCAUGCAAGCUAUGGAGCCAAAUUUGUACCAUUCGGAGGCUAUGUCAUGCCCGUCCAGUACUCCGACCUCAGCGUUGGGGAGUCACAUAAGUGGACGCGCGAAAAAGCCAGCAUAUUCGACGUUAGCCACAUGGUUCAGAAUCGUCUCACCGGACCAUUAGCUAUAGAGUUUCUCGAGACUAUAACACCUGCCGAACCUGCCGUUCUUGCACCCUUCACCUCUACCCUCUCCGCACUUCUCAAGCCAUCUCCCCGCGAAGGCGGUAUAAUCGAUGAUUGUGUCAUUGUCCGUCUUGGUCCCGAAGAGUUCUACUUCGUCACUAACGCCGGCUGUCGAGAGAAGGACCAUGCCUAUCUUUCGUCCGAACUCAAAAGGUUCCAUACAAAGCACGGCGAUGCCCCUAAAUGGGAAAUCUUAGAAGGCAAAGGAUUAAUCGCCCUACAGGGACCCCUUGCCGGUCAAAUACUAGAAGAUGCACUAGCUGGUACCGACAAGGCAAAGCUAGGAGGGCUAUACUUUGGCUGUUCUAUGUAUGGUAAAGUCACCCUGCCCACUGGACAAUCAAGCGACCUACUCAUUUCACGCGCUGGGUACACCGGCGAAGAUGGAUUCGAGAUCUCAAUCCCUGCCGAGGAAACCACCGCGGUGACACAAUUCCUGCUCGAGAGUGCAGGAAAGGAGAAGCUCCGUCUUGCAGGUCUAGGUGCGCGAGAUAGCCUGCGCUUGGAAGCCGGCAUGUGCCUUUAUGGGCAUGAUCUAAACGAGGACAUCACUCCACCUGAGGCCGCCUUAUCGUGGAUCGUGGGCAAGAGUCGCAGAGAGAAAGGCGGUUUCUACGGCGCCGACACGAUCAACAAGCAGAUCCUUGGAGUGAAGAAAGGAGGUUCCCCUAUCGAGAAGCGUCGGAUAGGACUGAUAGUAGAAGGAGCCCCUGCCCGUGAAGGUAUGACCAUUCACGACGACACAGGGGCAGAAGUUGGAGUCAUCACAUCUGGAUGCCCUUCGCCGACACUGGGAAAGAACAUCGCCAUGGGCUAUAUCAAGGAUGGUAUGCACAAGUCAGGUACAGAGGUCCAGGUCAAGGUCAGGAGCAAAAUGCGCAAAGCAACAGUGUCGAAGAUGCCAUUCGUACCAAGCAAAUACCACAAGCCUGCUGCACCACCAUCCUAAGACAUGCAUCAGGACUGAGCAUUGGAGUUUGGAGCUUUGAUUAUGGAUUACGAUUUUCAACAAUCCUCGAGCGGAGGUGCUCGUAUGUAGGGGAUCUAGCGGUAUAACUUGAACUAUGUACCCAUAAGUUCAACCAUGAAACCAAUAUGUGCAACACCUAAUG